AUGGUGCUCAAGUCGUCUCUUCCCGACCGUCAUACAUUCUAUGACGGUAAGCCGCAGAAGUCCUCAGAAUCUGCAGGCACAUUUCAAUCAGUCAACCCUUCGACGUCAAAGCCCAUCUGCACAAUUCACACCUCUUCAUCAUCAGCGAUAGACUCAGCCAUAUCAGCCGCUAAAUCUGCUUUUCCUUCAUGGUCAAGCACUCCACCUGUCGAGAGGUCGCGGAUUCUGCACAAAGCCGUCGCCAUCCUUCGCUCGAAGAAUGACGAGCUUGCCAAAAUCGAGACUCUUGACACCGGUAAGCCAUUCUCCGAAACUUCGACGGUCGACAUAGUCACGGGUGCCGAUGUGCUCGAAUACUUUGCCAGCCUUGUUGCCUCAGGCGGUCUGAACGGCGAGUCAUUCCGACUCCGUGACUCUGCUAUGGUGUACACCACGAAGGAACCGCUGGGGGUGUGUGCGGGUAUUGGAGCAUGGAAUUAUCCAAUCCAAAUCGCGCUUUGGAAAUCUGCUCCUUGUCUUGCAGCCGGAAACACCAUGGUGUACAAACCUUCAGAAGUGACUCCUCUUCAUGGCCAAUUUCUCGCCGAAGUCUACAAAGAGGCAGGCCUGCCGGAUGGAGUCUUCAAUGUUGUAUACGGUGCUGGUGAGGUUGGUGCUCGCUUGACUAAACAUCCAGAUAUUGCCAAGGUCAGUUUCACGGGCCAAGUGGCAACUGGACGAAAGGUGGCGGGUUCUGCAGCUGGAGAGAUGAAGUAUGUGACGAUGGAGCUGGGUGGUAAAAGCCCAGUAAUUGUUCUACCGGACGUUGAUAUUGAACAAGCCGUCGAUGGGGCUAUGAUGGCCAAUUUCUUCAGUACUGGUCAGGUGUGCACGAACGGCACUCGUGUAUUCGUGCCUGAAUAUUUGAAGGCAGAGUUCGAAAACGUUCUGGUCCAGAAGUUGGAGUAUGUUCGAGCUGGCGAUCUGAUGGACAUGAACACUAAUUUCGGACCUUUGGUAAGUGAGACCCAUUACGAGAAGGUUAUAGGAUACAUCAAACAUGGAAUUGAGGUGGACAAGGCAAAAUUGCUGUGUGGAGGUCCUGAAAAGCCGGGGAACCUCCCUGGCCAGCUGAAGAAUGGGUUCUGGGUCACCCCGACUGUUUUCAGUGAUUGCACCGACGAGAUGAAGAUCGUGAAGGAAGAAAUCUUCGGGCCGGUCAUGACAAUUCUGAGCUACUCUUCGCUGGACGAAGCAAUCAGGAGAGCGAACAACACCGAGUUAGGUCUGGCUGCGGGAGUGUUUGGAAAAGACAUCAACGAGUGUCACCAGGCCAUCAAGCAAUUACAAGCGGGAAUCACCUGGGUUAAUACCUGGGGUGAGUCUCCAGCAGAAAUGGCUGUGGGUGGAUGGAAGCAGAGUGGUGUCGGUGUUGAAAAUGGAAGAAAAGGACUUGAAGCCUGGGUACGAAACAAAAGCACUCUGGUCGAGAUGGGUGGUUCUGUACCAACCGUCUUUGCAAAACUCUGA